UAUGUGCUUCUGCAACAAGAACAUAAGGUAAACGCAAAUAAUCAUGAACAACAGAUGUAUUCCUAUUGCAUACAAGUAGUUAAAACAGGGACAACCUCAGAGACACGGGACAAAACUAUACGUGAUGAUAUCAAAGAAAGUGUAGCAAAAAAAGAUCAAACUCUAUGGAGGAGAAAUUCUGAAUAAUUAAUAAUAGCGACUCUCUUUAAAAAUGACCUGUGGUCCGAGAGAUAUAACCUUAAAAGUACCUUUAAGUAAAGCCGAUCGCAGGGGUACAUGAUUAGAAAUAUCUGAUGAUGGUAGUAAACAUAAGUAAUAAUGAUCAAUCUAAUAUUUAUUAUUUUCUAAGUAUUUUAAGGUACAAAAACGUAUACAAAAAACUAAUCUUAAAACAGAUCAAUAUCGUAUUAAUGUUGUGUAACUAUGUAUUUUUUUCAUCGCAUUGCAACGAAACUUAUACUUUAUAAAUUUUUAAACAUUGUCAAAUUACUGCAAAAGAUAAACAAAAAACAACAAAUAUUUCACUUGCAAACUUCGGUGAAAGACAUAAUGAAACAAGAAUGUCCAAAACAAGUUUGGAAGAAUAGCAAAAUAGACAACUCUUAUUCCGCUUCCCACCAAUUCGUCCCACAGGUAAACCCGUUCAUCGUCUAACGGGAUCACAUCCCAAUAUUCUGUUGACCAGUUCCGAAAAGUAUUUAAGGCAGUGAUUUGACUAUUUGAGCAUCAGUUUGCAUUAGGAAACGUUUGCAACAUGAAGUUGACCGUGGUUGUUCUAGCAGUUGGCUGCAUGGUGAGUUUAUGUAAGGCCAACAGUGACGCGAUCGGAUCAAAGUUCGUAAAAUCACAAGCAAAAUUUAACACCCCAUCGUAUGGUGUCAGUGAUACCGAUAAGUGUGGCUGCCAUGAAAUCGUAGCCAAGCUGAAGAAGGUUGAAUCGAACAUGCUGAAGCUCAUCCUGAACAUGCGCACCAAGUAUGGUUCCAUUUAUAGUGAACUACUCGACAUGAAGAAACACGUGAAGAGUGUGUCCUGGUUCGUCGGACAAACGUCGAAGACUGGCCAGAGAAUCAACGAACAGCUGUUGGGCUCUUCGAUUUCCCUGGCUCAAAUCAUGCAUUCGAUCAGAGAUCUUACCAUCGUCCAGCAGAGAUUAUUAACUAAGACAUUACUCACGGAAUCCAUUCUCACUGUGGAGAAACGCCAUGGGGAAUACAAACCUGCGGCACCUGAGGGAGACAUCGUCUACACGUCUUGUGACGAUGAGCGCAUCACUCAAACUGGCACAUACUUGGUCACGGAUGCGUUCGGCGAGCCUACGAAGGUAGUUUGCGUGCUCGAUUUCCAACCAGGCGCAUACACCGUCAUCCAGAACCGCCAGGGCGGUUCGAUCGAUUUCUAUCGCGGCUACAGUGACUACAGAGCAGGUUUCGGAGAGUUCGAUGGCGGUGAUUACUGGCUGGGUCUGGACCGCAUCCACAACAUCACUAGCUCCGGUGACUACGAGUUGUUCAUUUUGUUGGAGGACUUCGAGAAGAAUGUGACCUUCGCUCGCUACGAUAAUUUCGCCAUCGGUUCAGGUGACGACUUCUACCCGAUCACCAAGCUGGACGGAUUCAGUGGUCCAGCCGGGGAUUCUUACGGAUCGGUAGUAGGCGUACUGUUCAGUGCUUACGAUCUCGAUCUGGACAACAGUGAGAGUAACUGUGCGGUCUCGAACCGUGGUGCUUGGUGGUACACUGAUUGUGGCCAGAGCAAUUUGAACGGUCUUUAUCUGAAGGGUCUGUCUGGUAGCGCCACCGGCAUGUUCUGGGAGACUUUCCUUGGGGCUAACUACAGUCUCAUGAAGAGUCGCAUGAUGGUAAAGCGCAAGCAAGAGGCACCCACUACAGAUGGUACGACAACCCCAUCAGCAGAAAGUACCUCUAUGACAACCACAACAGCCGAAAGCACAACUGCCGAAAGCACGACUACUACCAUUUUUAUGUCCACGGUUCCCAGUUUUCCAACUACCGUAGAAACUACUCCGUCAUCAACCACCCCUUCGAGCAGUAGCUCUACGAUAACUACGCCUGGCCACGGUGUUACUACGACACCUCUGGUGUCCGAAGCUACCGAAACGACAAACAUGGCCACAGAAAACUCUUCUACCACAUUUCCUGAAACCAUGACUACAGCUAUGGAAGCAGACACUGCCGAAAUACCAGUUGUUACAGGGUUAUCCGGCGUUUCCAAUGGUAUUGGCGCCAUUGAUGAGUUGUUCUGCAGUUAUAAUUGUACAAUAUAUUUAAGGGGGGAAUUGAUAAACGUGUCUGAUUUACCAGCUAAGCUCAUUAAUCUAAACUGUGAAGUUCCCAUGCCAGGUAUUCCUUGCUGUACAAAGACCUGCAUUCCGAGCAAUUAGUCGUAUCAAUAAACUCGG